AAGCCAUCCGGAGGACAGUGGCCUCGCCUCCCUCUGCGGUCCCCGGAGAAAGCCCGGGGUGCGCUGGGCGGGAGAGGACGAGAGAAUAAGGCGAACGUGGCGGAGAAGCCAGACCAGCCCCGGGGAAGCGGAGGCGGUGGCGCGGCAGACGCGGAGUAGCAGUCACCGCUUCUCCGAGGGACCUCCCAGAGACCGAGGCGGUACGAGGCAGGAGUAAGAAGAUGAAAAGGAGAGAGGUUCCGGAGAUGGAACUGAGACACCCAGAGGCCGGUGGAACCUUCACCCGGGACCCCUCCAGAGCCAGGGGAAGAGCAGUCUCCCUCCCGCGCGAUGGCUUCGGCGCUGAGCUAUAUCUCCAAGUUCAAGUCCUUCGUGAUCUUGUUCGUCAGCCCGCUCCUGCUGCUGCCACUCAUCAUUCUGAUACCCGCCAAGUUUGUCAGGUGUGCCUACAUCAUCAUCAUCAUGGCCAUUUACUGGUGCACAGAUGUCAUCCCAGUGGCUGUCACCUCCCUCAUGCCUGUUUUGCUCUUUCCACUGUUUCAGAUACUGGACUCCAAAGAGGUAUGUGUCCAGUACAUGAAGGACACCAACAUGCUGUUCCUGGGCAGCCUCAUUGUGGCAGUGGCCGUGGAGCGCUGGAACCUGCACAAGAGGAUCGCGCUUCGCACGCUGCUCUGGGUGGGAGCCAAGCCUGCACGGCUGAUGCUGGGCUUCAUGGUGGUCACAGCCUUCCUGUCCAUGUGGAUCAGCAACACAGCCACCACCGCCAUGAUGGUGCCCAUUGUAGAGGCCGUGCUGCAGCAGAUGGAAGCCACAAACGCAGCCUCUGAGACCAGACUUGGGGCAUUGGAGCUAGUGGACAAGGAGACCCAAGUGACUUUUGGAGGCCCCACCAUGGAGAAGCAGGAGGACCAGGAAAGGAAGAACAUGUGCAAGGCUAUGAGCCUGUGUGUGUGCUAUGCAGCCAGCAUCGGGGGCACCGCCACCCUGACUGGGACGGGACCCAACGUGGUGCUCCUGGGCCAGAUGAAUGAACUGUUUCCUGACAGCAAGGAUCUGUUGAACUUUGCUUCUUGGUUUGGAUUUGCCUUCCCCAACAUGCUGCUGAUGCUGCUACUUUCCUGGCUGUGGCUCCAGUGCAUUUAUAUGAAAUGCAAUUUUAAAAAAUCCUGCAGCUGUGGGAUACAGAGUAGGAAUAAGGAGAAGGCUGCCUAUGGAGUGAUACAGGAGGAGUACAGCAAGCUGGGACCCUUGUCCUUCGCUGAGGUCAACGUCCUGGUCUGCUUCCUCCUGCUGAUUGGCCUGUGGUUCUCCCGAGAUCCUGGUUUCAUGCCAGGCUGGGUGUCCAUUGCCUGGGUGGAGGAUAAGAAAAUGUAUGCCACUGAUGCCACUGUGGCUAUCUUUGUGGCCAUCUUGCUAUUCAUUGUACCUUCACAGAAGCCCAAGUUCAACUUUUGCAGCCAGACUGAGGAAGAAAUGAAAACUCCAUUUUAUCCCCCAGCACUGUUGGACUGGAAAGUAACUCAGGAAAAAGUGCCCUGGGGUGUUGUGCUGCUACUAGGGGGUGGAUUUGCUCUGGCUAAAGGAUGUGAGGCCUCAGGGCUCUCAGAGUGGAUGGGGAAGCAGAUGGAGCCUUUGAGCAGUGUGUCCCCAGCAGCCAUCACCUUGAUCUUAUCCUUGCUUAUUGCUGUGACCACUGAAUGCACAAGCAACGUGGCCACCACCACCCUAUUCUUACCCAUCUUUGCCUCCAUGUCUCGUUCCAUCGGCCUCAAUCCGCUGUACGUCAUGCUCCCCUGUACCCUGAGUGCAUCCUUUGCCUUCAUGUUACCUGUGGCCACCCCGCCUAAUGCCAUCGUGUUUGCCUACGGACACCUCAAAGUUUCUGACAUGGUGAAAACAGGACUUAUGAUGAAUGUAAUUGGAGUCUUGUGUGUGUUUUUGUCUGUCAACACCUGGGGACGGGUCAUAUUUGACUUGGAUCAUUUCCCUGACUGGGCUAAUGUGACACAUAUUAAGACUUAGGAAGAGCCACAAGACCAUGCACAUGGCCUGCACCCUCCUGAGGACUACAA